AUGAAAAAGUGGAGGUUUCUGCUCGGAUUUGGAAGCGAAACAGGUCAAUCAAAAUCGAUUGCUCAAGGAAUGGGUGAUAUCGCUUCCGAUCAACAUCAGAUCUGCGCCGAUAUUUUUGAGUUAGAUGAAAUCGAUAAACAAUUUAAACUAGAAGAUGAACCGGUCAUGGUUAUCGUUACAUCUUCGACAGGUGAUGGUGAACCACCAAGUAAUGCGAGUAAAUUCUGGCGAAAGAUCCGACGAGAAAAGAAUCCGCAGUUUCUUUCGCAUAUGAAGUAUACAGUGUUAGGAUUGGGUGAUACGAAUUAUUCGAAUUUUUGUAAUUGUGGUCGUGUACUUGAUCGUCGUUUUGAAGAACUUGGUGCAACUCGAUUCUAUCCAUCGGCAUGGGCCGAUGAUGCUGUUGGUAUGGAUUCGACUAUCGAACCUUGGCUACAAGGACUAUGGCCUGCUUUGAAGGAGACUUUGGGCAAGAUCGGUAACUCAACUGAAGCAUCUGUCAGUGAUAUUUCUGAUUCGAUCAAUCAGUUGAAUUUGAGUACGGAAAACAAACCAACGGUCAAUCGACAAUUAUCAUCAUCGAAUAAAUUUAAAUCCGAUGAAGAUACUAUUACUUACUCAUCAAGUUUAACUGAACUAACAACGUUAACAUUACCACCGAAACCCACGCAUUCCUUAGCAGUUAAAUUGAUCGAAUCUGCCGAAAACGCAUAUCAACCAUCAAUCGAAGGACAAUAUCAUGCGUCGACACUAACUCGCCGAGAAUGUUUGACACAUGAUGCUGCUGUGAAAGCUGUCAUGUCUAUUAAUUUACAGCUUUCUGAGGAAGAGUUUGCUUUUGAACCAGGCGAUGCCGUCAAAGUUGUUUGUGCUAAUAAUGAAAAUGAAGUUAAUCUUCUUUUGAAACGUUUACAAUGGAUGGAUAAGGCGUCCUAUCAACUAGACAUUAGUAUAUCUCCGGACAAUACCAAGAAAUCAGCCAAAGUGCCUACAUAUAUACCAUUGAUGUGUUCAUUGCGAUACGCAUUGACAAACUGUCUCGAUAUUCGUUCUUCACCAAGAAAAAAUUUGUUGAGACUAUUUGUUGAUUGUACGACAGAUGAAGAUGAAAAACGUCGUUUAGAAGAAUUAUGUAGCAAAGAAGGAUCCGAAGUUUAUAUCAAAUACAUCCUUGAAGAGCAUCUAUCUGUUCUUGACAUUCUCAACCACUUUCCAAGUUGUCAACCUGAUGUUCCAAUUCUGAUUGAAUUUUUACCAUCGUUAAUGCCAAGAUUCUAUUCUAUUUGCAGUUCACCAUUGGACGAUGCACGGAGUAUUCAGUUCGUGUAUAGCUUACUGAAAUUUGAGCCGAAAAACGGUCGAACAUACGAACGAAAUGGUGUUUGUACGAACUGGUUAAACGAAAUUGACCUUGGAACGAAAGUUCAGAUUCAAACAAGAAUCAGCCAGCAUUUCCGAUUACCGUUAACUCUUGAUACACCGGUGAUUAUGAUUGGACCAGGAACAGGUGUAGCACCGUUUAUUGGCUUUCUUGAACAUUUGCAUCUUUCAUCGAAGUCAAUAAAUGGCUUUGAUGUGAACAAUUUGAACACCUGGCUAUUUUAUGGAUGUCGUCAUCGACAACAUGAUUUUCUUUUUGAGGAGCAAAUUCAAAUGUAUCAACAAAUCAACGUACUCAAACAUCUAUUCGUCGCGGCUUCCAGAGAAGACAAUUACCCUUAUCGGUACGUGCAAGAUCAACUUCGCGCGAAUGGAAAAGACAUAGCGGAUUUAAUAUAUCAUCGAAACGCGGUUAUCUACGUUUGUGGUGAUAUUAAAGUGAUGGUUCGUGAUGUGCGAGAAACAAUCGCUCAAAUUCUAAAAGAAACCUUCGACAUACAGAAUAUUGAGGAGUACAUGAAAUCAUUAGAAACAUCUCGCCGUUAUCUACUCGAUAUUUGGAGUUAA